AUGCUCGCUGAUCCUGAGGAUUCGUUGCGUAGAAAGAGAGCCAAAUAUACUCAAGUUGCCUGCAACGAAUGCAAGAGGCGCAAAUUGAAAUGUAGCGGUGGUUCUGUCUGCGCGCGAUGCUCUCGUGAUAAAAUCUCGUGUGUCUAUGCCACAGCUCGUUCUGGUGGAUCGGCCGAAACUGAGCUCAAAGAUGACCAAGCAACUACGAGAUUCCGAGCUGUGGACCGACAAUUGGAAACUCUGCGCCAGGAAAUGCGGACACUUUCCGCCCGCCUCCGUGAACUUGAAUCGAGCAGUCCUGCUUCGUCGAAGCCGUCAGGGACCCCGGCCGGGGGCGGUCUGCAUCGCAUCUUGAAUGCCCCCAAGUCACCAACUUAUGUCGGGCCCACAAGUGCAGAGUUCGGUCUUAAUCGUCCUCAAGCCUUUUCCCCGGGUGGCGAGGAGGCUGUUGAUGGUCGUGACGAAUUACACCUGUCAACGGCUGCGCCGAGCCCUGCACUAUCCGAUCGAGGCGAAGAUGUCGCCACUGGGGAUCCUCUGAGAAGCUUAGGCCCAGAUGAGACUCUCCGGUUGGUGCAGGUAUAUGAGGACACGGUUGGCGUCAUGUACCCCUGUGUCGACUUGGAGAGCGUGCGUGCAUAUGUGUUGGAAUACUAUCGCUCCAAUUCCACCACCGGACUCUCCGAAUCAAUGGCGCACGUCGCCCAUGAUGAUUGGUUCUCUGCAAGAGAUGCCCAGGUUCUGAAGAUAUUGCUGGCGACUGCCUUGCUAGCGGAAUCGCACGGUCGCAGUGAACGUGCUGCCCAACUAGCUGACAGCGUCGAGGACCGGUUUGCUAGCAGGUUAAAAGUCGCCGAAGUGGACAUGAAAGAACUUCUCAUAUUGACGUUGUUGUCCAUCUUCCACUCCUAUCGUGACGACGAAGUCAUCGCGUGGCGACUGAUCGGAAUGGCAGUUCGAGGGAGUACAGAACUAGGCCUGCACCGUCAAGACACCUGGCAGAAGACAGGGGGUGUUUUCCCAGGGCAAUUGGAGUGGACAUGGGCGAGUCGAUUGUUCUGGUGCAUCUAUGUAUUGGAUCGCAAAUGGUCCUUUGGCACUGGUCUCCCCUUUGCGAUUCAAGAUACAGAUCUUGAUGUAAACCUACCUGAACCUGGCCAUUCCACGCCAUACCUAACAUGUAUGAUCUCUUACGCACGUCUAAGCACAAAGAUCUGGGGUUUGGUUGUUGGUUGGUCCAAUCGCUCACAGGCUGCCACUUUAGAUGGUGUCGCUUAUUUGGAUGCUGAGGUCCAGCAAUGGAUUCGUUCAAUUCCACGCGAACUACGAUUUGACCCAAGCUGGCGUUCGUCUGAGGGAUCGGAGCAUACCGACCGAGCCAUGAUGCUUCAAGUUCUUCUUGCUCUCCAGGCGAAUCAGCUCCGAAUUCUUGUCUACCGCCAAAACCUCUUGAGUGGUGAACGAAUUGCAGACAACUUGGUGGGCGCAUCAACCGCCGUAGAGACAGCCAAAAGCACUGUGCACAUGCUAGAUUAUUUCAGUCGGGUCUCAAGUAUCUAUUUCCAGCGUCCGGAGCCCUUCAACUACUUUCUGUUAUCAGCCCUUGCGGCCCUCUUCUUGGCUGUUUUACAUGCCCCGUCGCGUUUCAGCCACGCCUGCCGACCCGAGUUUUAUACGGCUGUGGACAUGGUCCGACGCUCGGCAACCCGGGCCCGAACCUCACGGAGAUUGCAAAAGAUCAUACAUAGUCUGAAGCGGAUUCAGUUGAACCUUCGGUUAGACGAUGCUCGCCAAUCCGUUCGUCGCGCCACGGGUGCAGAGUCAGAUGACACUUCGGAUCUCAAUUCGCAUUCUACCUCGCAGACAAGUUUGCCUUCACACACAAUCUGGGAUACCACUCCCCGAUCUAGCGCAGCACAGUCGCCAAAGCAGUACACUCCUGGCCUUAACCAAACCUCCGGGAUGCCUACCCCUCAGCCCGCAUCCACCACCCUCUGGCCAAUCUCACCAGGGAUAGCAACAGGAGCCGAAACAAAUGGCUGCGAAGACCUUAGUAGCUUCUUUGAGAUUGCAGGCGGAUUCUAUUUCGACCCCCACACUGAUCCGGACGUUUCCAUAGAUGUGGGCUUGCCUCAUUCAAGUGAUGUACGCUUGCCCAAUGCGUUGGAUGCUUUUCACGCUGAAGAUGAGGCAUUAACACGAGUGAUGGCUGGUUUACUGUGA